GAACGAGACCCCACGGUCUCUUCUUUUCUACCUACCAAGAAAAGCAAACAUCAAUUCCAUUGUGUGUAUACUUUAUGUGUGUAUAAAUAGGAUUAGAUACUGCAUCCUUUUGUAUGAACUGGUAUAUUUUCCUCACCUACUACGAUUAUUCUUUAGCCCUGUUGACAAACAACUGCUGCCCAGACUUUCAGUUCCUCGUUUAAGGCCUUGAAACUAUGGAAUUGUAUGGAUUCAGUGAGAUUCAGAUUGCGGGUUUUGCUGUUGCGGCUGUUGUUGUUGCUGCCACAGCUGCCAUCAUUUUUUCCAGCAAGAAAUCUAAAGUGUGUCUAAACGCGGAGAACUUUAAAAAUUUCAAGCUGGUUGAGCGCAAACAGCUUAGCCACAAUGUCGCUGAAUUUAAAUUUGCACUCCCCACACCUACUUCAGUGCUCGGCCUUCCAAUUGGACAACACAUUAGUUGCAGAGGUAAAGACAGCCAAGGUGAAGAAGUUAUUAAACCAUACACACCAACUACUCUGGACUCAGAUGUUGGACACUUUAAAUUAGUUAUUAAGAUGUAUCCACAAGGAAGGAUGUCACAUCAUUUCCGUGAGAUGCGUGUUGGCGAUUAUUUGGCUGUAAAGGGGCCCAAGGGCCGUUUCAAGUAUCAACCUGGUCAAGUGAGAGCUUUUGGAAUGAUUGCUGGUGGUUCUGGCAUCACUCCAAUGUUCCAGGUUGCUAGAGCUAUAUUAGAAAACCCACAUGAUACCACCAAAGUUUACCUCAUCUACGCUAAUGUUUCUGUAGAUGACAUCCUUUUAAAGGAAGAAAUAGAUGGACUCGCUUCCAACUACCCUGAUCGAUUCAAAGUUUACUUUGUACUGAAUCAGCCCCCAGAAGUAUGGGACGGUGGUGUAGGAUUUGUAAGCAAGGAAAUGAUUCAAAACCAUUGCCCAGCCCCAGCAUCAGACAUUCAGAUUUUGAGGUGUGGACCGCCACCGAUGAACAAGGCCAUGGCUGCUAACCUUGAAGCUCUGGGAUACUCCCCGGAAAUGCAGUUCCAGUUUUAAUUCGGUGUUGUGGACUUGUAUGCCUUCACUAGACAGUUAAUUCUGUUGUUCUUCAGUGUAACAUUUAGGCAUUAAACCACAUGCAUGCUACUCUUCAUUCAGCUCCAACCAUUAAUAAAGAGGAUCUUGCUGCUAAAUAACUUUACAAUCGCUAUAUAUGUUUUUUACUUUUGUGAGAA